AUGGCUUUCAGGCAGAGCUACGGAAUGCCUUCUUAUCCUCACUAUCCGCAGCAACAGCAACAGCAGAUAGUGUUUGGACAAAUGAGAAUGCCGGGGCAACAUCAACCACCACAUCAGAAAACCCAUAGCAAACCGGAAUUAACACCAGCUGUGUUUGUUGGAAAUAUAUCUGAAAAGUGUAGCGAUGAGUUCUUUCGACAGAUUUUAAAUGAAUGUGGCGAAGUUGCUAGCUGGAAACGUAUUAAAACAGGCAACGGAAAGUUUAAUGGCUUUGGAUUUUGUACUUUUACUGACCUAGAAGGAACUUUGCGAGCUCUUCGUAUACUUCAUGAGUUUCAUCUUGGCGACAAGAAAUUGACUGUCAAGGCUGAAGGAAAAGUUCUGGAAGAUUUGCGGAGGGAUGCGAUUGAGAACAGGAAGAAACAAGGAAAAAAGGAGCUGAAACUCAAGCCGGAUGAGCUUCCCGCUGAUGAAGAUGAUUUGAAAAAAGAUGAAGAAAUUCGACUAAAAAUUCUUAAUUGGAUGGAAACAGAUCAUAAGGAAUUGUUCUCGAUUACUGAAGAUGGAGAAAUUUCCGAAGAGUCUAAAAAAGCUCGUGAACAAGAGGGGAAGUCUGAAAAGCAUGCUCCAUUAAGUACAUCUACAUCUCACAAAAAGGAUGACUACAAACGAAGCCGUCACCGUCGGAGUCGGACGCGAAGCAGAGAGCGAACUUCACGUCGAUCCAGAAGUAAAGAGUCACCUAGAAAUAAAAAAUCUCGACGAAGCCGUUCCAGCUCCAGCUCAUCAUCUGAGUCGGACUCUUCUUCAUCUCGUAGCUCAUCGUAUUCGUCUCGUUCUAGAUCUCGUACUCCUCAAAGAAGCAAAGCAUCAAAACGGCGGCGUAGUAAUAGCCGCGUUUCAGAAGAUAGCGACGAUGCUCGUGAAAAAAGGCAGAUGAAACAAUUGAUGAAAGAAAAAGAACAAGCUUAUCAUGCUCGUCUCAAAAGAUGGGAAUCAAGAGAGCGAGGAAUGUCGAAGAAAUAUGAAAGAGAAGAAAGAAAAGAAAAGGAUCGCAAGAAGUCUCUUCAAAAAGAAGGAAAACGUCUCAAACUGUUCUUAGAAGAUUACGAUGAUGAAAAAGACGAUCCAAAGUACUAUAAAUCAUCUCAAUUCUUCCAACGAAAGAGAGAUUAUGAAAGAGAACGAGAAGCAGAUCAAAAGGACAGAAUUCAAGAGAUACAAGAAAUAGAAGAACUCAAGAAACAGAUUAUGGAAGAAGCUGCGAAUGAUGAGAGUAUAAACAUAGAUGAAGAAGCAAGAAAAAGACAUAAACUUAAAGAAGAUGAAGCUCUCCGGAAAAUGCGAGCAGACAGUGGAAGUCCAAAUCCUCAUCAACCACUCGGUCAGUCUGCAAAAGGAGAUAAUGGAGAAUCGUCGAGUGAGGAUGAAAGCAGCAGUGAAAAGAAUAAUGCUGAGGCGGACGGGGUCAAAAUGGAACCAAUGGAUCAUGGGGAGGGAACUUCUGUUCAACAAGGCGAAGAACUAAAUGCUCCUGGAGCUGUGAAUGGUGGCGCCUGGAAAUCUAUUGGUGAUGAUGCGACACUGAAUCCACAAAUUGCACGUCCAGUUGCUAAUGGAAAUCAGCCACAAGUGAAGAAAGAGGCAUCGCCACUACCUAUUGUUCAAAGACUCAAUGGAGUUUUCGGGAAUGAUGACGAUGAGGAUGAUGAGAAUAGAAAGAAGAAGCUGAAACCAUUCCAGAUAACACGUGAAGAACGAAUGCAAGUUAUGUCAGCUGAAGAAAAGAAAGAGUUAACCAAACAAAUAAUUAAGAAGAUUCCCCUCACAAAAGAAGAGUUGUUCGUUCACAAAAUUGAAUGGGAUCAGUUGGAUCGUAAAUGGAUGGACAACAGAAUUCGUCCGUGGGUUGCCAAGAAAGUUAAUGCUUUUCUUGGAGAGGAUGAUCAGUCACUCUGCGACUUUAUUUGUGAACAAAUUGGGAAACAGGCAACUCCAGAAGAGAUUCUCAAAGACAUAGCAAUGAUUAUUGAUGAAGAUGCGGAACAAUUCGUGAUCAAGAUGUGGCGUCUUCUAAUUUACGAGGGACAAGCUCGGCGAAUGGGAAUAACUUAA